AGGGUAGAAUUCUCUCUCCUUCCGUCGCUGCCCGUCGCGCCGAAACCUCCUUGCGGUUGCGGCAGCGGCGGCAGCAGCCAUGGCUGUCGGGAAGAACAAGCGGAUCUCGAAGGGGAAAAAGGGAGGCAAGAAGAAGACGGUCGACCCUUUCUCCAAGAAGGAUUGGUACGACAUCAAGGCUCCCUCCGUCUUCAACGUCAGGAACAUCGGGAAGACCCUCGUCUCGAGGACGCAGGGCACCAAGAUUGCAUCCGAGGGCCUCAAGCACAGAGUAUUUGAGGUCUCUUUAGCUGACCUUCAGAAUGAUGAGGACCAGGCCCACAGGAAGAUUCGGCUCCGAUCAGAGGAUGUACAAGGAAAAAAUGUUCUCACCAACUUCUGGGGCAUGGACUUGACGACUGACAAGCUCAGACAUAUAGUCCGCAGGUGGCAGACUCUGAUUGAAGCACAUGUUGAUGUGAAGACUACCGACAAUUACACUCUGCGACUGUUUUGCAUUGCUUUCACCAAGAGGCGCCCAAACCAGGUCAAGCGCACUUGUUAUGCCCAAUCCAGUCAGAUAAGACAGAUACGCCGCAAAAUGAGGGAAAUUAUGGUCAAUCAAGCUACAACCUGUGAUCUGAAGGAUUUGGUGCUGAAGUUCAUUCCUGAUGUAAUUGGAAAGGAGAUUGAGAAAGCAACUUCAAGCAUUUUCCCUCUCCAAAAUGUGUACAUCCGCAAAGUAAAAAUCUUGAAGGCCCCCAAGUUUGACUUGGGAAAGCUUAUGGAGGUCCAUGGUGACUACAAGGAGGAUGUGGGUGUCAAGGUGGACAGACCUGCAGAAGAUGUCCAGAUGGAAGGUGAAUCCGAAGUUGCUGGCGCCUAAAAGAAUGAGCCUUCAUAUCACAAAGAAUGAGCCUUCCUAGGGAUGGUACGAUCUUGACAGUUAUUUCGGUGUUCUAUUGAGCUUCUUGCUGAUGUCUCAACAUUGUUUGGAGCAAUCUUAGUGAGGGUUGGUUAUAAGACCUUGAAUUAGCUGGUGUCAACCGUUAAUGCUUAGUUAAACCCAUUUUUGAGAAUUGGUAGCCUGUUUGUGUUAUACAUUAAACGCCAAUUUCACUUUUAUGCAACAUUGUUCUAAGUCAUA